AUAGUAGCUACUUGACACCGUUCAGUCCUCACACAUUUUACAGAGGAAUGCAGCUCUCGUAGCCAACUAUACUUGAAUCUCAAGGCUUCACUCCUAUCAUACCAUGGCUGGCUUCAGGCAAGAGGAUGUCGAGUUGUAUUAUGAAAUGGGAGAGGAACUGGGCAGUGGACAGUUUGCCAUCGUUCGCAAGUGUAAGGAGAAAAGCACAAGUAUCGAGUACGCUGCGAAGUUCAUAAAGAAGCGGCGACUGUCAUCCAGCCGACGAGGAGUGAGCCGUGAAGAGAUCGAGCGCGAGGUCAACAUCCUGCGGGAGAUUCAGCACAGCAACAUCAUCACCCUGCACGACAUCUUUGAAAACAAGACGGACGUGAUCCUGAUCCUGGAGCUGGUGUCAGGAGGAGAGCUGUUCGACUUCCUGGCUGAGAAGGAAUCUCUGACGGAGGAGGAGGCCACCCAGUUUCUCAAACAGAUCCUGGACGGUGUUCAGUAUCUCCACUCCAAACGGAUCGCUCACUUUGACCUCAAGCCUGAGAAUAUCAUGCUGCUGGACAAGAACGUCCCCAACCCCAGGAUCAAACUGAUUGACUUUGGGAUUGCUCAUCAGAUUAAAGCAGGAAACGAGUUCAAGAACAUCUUUGGAACACCAGAGUUUGUUGCGCCAGAAAUAGUCAACUAUGAGCCACUUGGACUGGAGGCGGACAUGUGGAGCAUCGGAGUAAUCACAUACAUUCUGUUGAGUGGUGCUUCACCAUUUCUUGGCGAGACCAAGCAGGAGACCCUGACUAACAUCUCAGCUGUCAACUAUGACUUUGAUGAGGAGUAUUUCAGCAACACCAGCGAGCUGGCCAAAGACUUCAUACGCCGUCUGUUGGUCAAGGAUCCAAAGAAGAGAAUGACGAUUGAUGACAGUCUCGAGCACCCCUGGAUUAAGGUAAUUAAGAGACGGAACGUGCGUCCUGAGGAGAGAGACCACAAGCCUGAGCGUCGGCGCCUGAAGACCACUCGUCUGAAGGAGUACACCAUCAAGUCCCACUCCAGCAUGCCACCUAACAACACCUACGUCAACUUUGAGCGCUUCUCCCAGGUGCUUGAGGAGAUCGCAGCGGCAGAGGAAGGCCUGAAGGAUCUGGAGCGCAAUCAGCGCUCGUGCCAGGAGGAUGUGGCGGCGCUGCUGUCCAUCUACGAGGAGAAGGAGGGUUGGUACAAGGAGGAGAACCAGAGCAUCUCCAGCGACCUGAGCCAUAUCCGGCAAGAGCUGCACCGCUCUCAGGCCCAGCGCAAGAAGUGUCAGGAGGACGCCCGGGUCACCAUGCAGGCCGCCAACAUCCUCAAGCGCAAGUUCGGGCGCCUGGAGAACCGCUACGAGGUCCUGGCUGAGCAGGUGGCCUCUGAGGUCCGCUGGGUGGAGGAGCUGGUCAAGUCCAUAUCUGCAGAGAAGGACGGGCUCAGCUCCGGCAGCAUGCCCUGAGCUGGGCUGACGUCCAACAAUGACAUUUACAUUCUCAAGUAUCCUCCUGCCCGUCUUCUCUGCAUGCGUGCUACGCAGCAGAGUUGGAGUGGGUCAGUUGUCAUCAUAAGCUAUGCUGCUGCCCAUCGGGAAAAAUGUUCCACCCUUUUUAUGUCAUGCUUGAGAAUACCAGCAAGAAGCAGAGAGGCAAUAUACUGAACCCAUUCCCCCAUGAAGAGGCUCAUUCCUGUGUUUUAUAAAUUAAUUUAUGAUUUUAGAGAUUUUACGUACUAUAAUUCAGCUGCAUCAGAGUUAACAAAAUUAUUUGCAAGCUACAUUGGCUUUUUUUGCCGUUGUCGGUAUUGCAGUUGGAGAAUGCAUUUGUUUCUUUUUGUUACCGUGGUUAUCUUUUUAGACACUAAAUUACGUCUGAACUGUCCAGUGCUUUAAAAGUCAUAGACAUCUGCUUAUUUACUCCAGCCUCAGGUUAUUGGCCAGUUAUGUGAGAAAGUGUGACAAUAUACAGCUUAAAGUAUCAGGUUUGCACAGAAGUCAGGGGUAUUUAUUUAUCCGUUUACGUGCAUUUCGGAUUUGAUUGCAGCUGACAUUGAAUUUCUCUCAUGUAUUGGGACAGAGUGUCGACUGUAAAGGAUGCAAUAAACACAAACCCUCAGCAUAGAAGAUUUAGGUUAAUGCUUUGCUUUACAGGUCUGUUAUUACCUCAGUUUGGUAAUUGUUACAGGGAAAAUAGACACGCUGUCAUUUCAAUUAGUUCAAUUAGUUAGUUAAUUAGAAAAAUUUCAAAGAAAGAUAUUGCUCCAUUUAAACCCCAGUAAAUAUUCUUUAAUCAUUCAUUUACUUUAUCUUUUUUAUAUUUGCUGAAUUUUAUUUGUAGACUCAGUUCACAUUUUGCAUGUUCAGCUCACUUGCUGUCCCCCAAAUAACAUGGUUCUCUCCAGGAAACUUCCUAGGUAAUUAUUUGCAAUUGAGAAUCAGAAUUUAUGGACCUGUAAAAUAAAGCGUUGCCAGAUUUGAGAAUGUAGAAACUCAUCUUUGCAGUGCCUGUAAACUGAUCGACCUUAUUGCCUCUGCAAGCACUCAUCUGUUACUGAAUGACAUUUCUAUCACAUUGAUAUCGCUCAAUGUCUUAAAAGCAACAACUUUUGCACAGCAGCCUUGUAAACCAAAUAGUGUGCAUGGAAACUUACUGUAUCUCUGUUAGUUUUUCUGUUUUCAUUCACACCAUCCCUGCACACUUAAAACAUUCCACUGAUGCGUUUCAUAUCCAGGCAACACAUUCCCCAUGUAUAGCAUAGAAAGUAUAUGAUAUAGUCAAUAGUAUUUUUCAGUAGAGAAAUGUACUCGUUUGCACUUAAAUGAUUAUAGCAGUGUUCCAAAAAUAUGUUUUAAUCUGUCUCUAAGGUGUAAGAAAGAGCUGAAAAAUGAAACUGUCUGGGUUUGUUUCAAAUA